GCCAAACUCCUUGCCUUGUAAUAAGCCAUUAAUUGCUUGGAUUAGCUUCCACGGGUCUUUUCCGCGGCACAGAUAAUAGCCGGAUAUCUUCUCGAAGCCUUGUCUAUGUAGAUUUGGUUUUUUGGUGACAGGGAUUUCACCCCGCGCAACCGAGAAGACGGAACGCGAACCUCGCAAGCACUUCCCGCAAAUCCCGACAAGCAAGCCUCGAACAGUUCACCCAAAGAGAAAAUUGAAAGACAAAGAAAAGAAAGCAAAGGAACCAAAAAAAAAUUAGAAAAAUAGAAAAAUAACUGCCAGAAGCCACAAUUGCCAAGGUCUCCCCUCACACAAAAUGCCCCUCGACGAUGACGACAAUCCGGCCCUCGCACCGGCCGCGUCCGCUCCGUCCUCCUCGUUCCCCUCUUCCCGCCCCGCCGACGACCCGGCGGCCGCGGCCGUCGCGGCCACGGACGACCUGACGGCCGAGGACCUGAUCGAGGACGAGGGCGCGGCGUCGCAGGACUUCCGCGCGUUCGCGACCUCGCUCCAGCAGCAGAAGCACCACCAGUACCGCAAGACGACGGGCGUGUCCGCCCAGACGAUCCGCAAGGGCGAGAAGGACUUCGAGUCGCACGGGACCCGCGCCCAGGCCGACGCGCUCGAGCAGAGCCGCGCCGCCAUGCACGACGUGCUGAGCUACACGCGCGUCCACCCGGCCGGCAAGAACAUGGUCAGGGGUUGGUACUUCCCCGGGUGGUGGGAGGGGUACCGGGAGGAGGAGCAGGUGGACGUUUCCGAAGGCGCCGUCGCAGCUCGGGGGGACGGGGAAGGAAAGGAGAAGAAGCCGUUUGGGUUUGUGCGGGACAGGGUGGUCGUGCUCGAAGGGUCGUCCGUCGCUACCCAGUCGCUGGGGAGGGCGGUGACCGGGCAGGCGAAGGACAGGCCGGCCAGGGGGAAGGAUUGGUUGCUGCCGGAGGAGGCUCUGUACCUGGUGGAGAGGGGUUCACUUGACCUGUGGUGGCCGCUGAAGGGGUUGGAAGAGAUCUUCCCGCCUGAUGGCGCGGCGCCUGUCGAGAAGGAAGGGCGGGAGACAGGGGAGGUGGACGAGUACGACAAGGGUUUCCCGUUGAGUCUCCAGGCGGCUUACGCGCUCCUCAUCGGCGAUGACGGCGAGCGAGGCAAGAUCAGCCUGCAGAAGUUCCAGGUCUACUCCAACCUCAAACGAUGCGGUUACAACGUCCUCCGGGCACCUCCCACCACCACAACCAAUCACGCAGUCGCGCCGACAACAACAACAGCAACGACACAAACAAUAACCACCACCAUCUGGCAAUGGUUCUCCUCCCUCCUCAGCGCCGCCCAUCAGCACCCCCCUCCUUACGGCCCGCUGGUGCGACCCGGCCUCUACCGCUCAUACGCAUCCAUCUACCGCCAGAUGGCCCUCCUCCCGCGGCACGACCCCUCCGCGGCGGCGACGACGACCACCACGCCGGCCCCCCCUCCGCGCGAACCGUUCGCCAUCCACUACCACAUCUGGAAGGCCGCUCAGAAAUGGACCAAGCUGCGCCAUCCCCCGCCCGACUUCUACCUGGCCGUCGCCGACGCGCAGGACUCGUCCGUCCCGACCCUGGCCGAGAUCUCGGCCCUGCUCGGCGCGACGCCGCCCGCGCCGGGGAAGCCGGAAUGGACCGGCCCAGGGAGGCUGUACGCGCGCCUGAAGCACGGCCAUCGGAACGUGCUGAUCGCCGUCGUGGACCACGGGGUAAUCAAUUACAUGCGGUUCGCGGAGGGCCGAUUCGGCGGGGAGGAGCUCUACGACCGGUUCGAUGCCCGCGUCGCCGGUGGUGGGGUUGGGGGCAAGAAGGGCGGGGGGAGGAAUAACGGACGGGGUGGGAAGAGCGGGCGAGGGGGUGGUGGAGGAGGAGGUGGAGGAGGAAGAGGACGGGGAAGGGGGAGGUAAGGGCUUUUUUUUUUUUUUUUUGCCAAGGUUAGGAAUUGAGUUUGCAAGAUAUUGGGAAUACGUGAUCUGUUGGGCGGAUGGGAGAAGAUUAGUCUUUGGUUGGAUUGGGCUGGAUCUGAUAACCCCCCCCCCCC